GUUUUGCACUGGACGCUUGAAGGCAGUGAGCGCAAAUUAGGACCUGCAGUGCGUUUCUCUCUGACAAGAAGGUACCGCUGUAACAAAUCGGGGAUUUAUCAGUCAUGUAGGUGUGUUCAGGCUGCGGGAAACCCACCUAUCCUUCCAUGCAUAGCCGGGCAAUGCUUCACCGCCGACGUUUUCUGGAUAUUUGACUGUCGUGAAUGGCUCCGAGUGGGAUGUUGUGACCGCAAAGACGCACGGGACGACACGCGCUGCGCUACUGCAGGACUACCCAUAAACCCACGUGCCUCGGUUUCCAAGGCGACCCACCUACCGGAGACUGUGGACAUAACAAUAUUAAUAAGAGUUCACCCGCUCGGUUCUGGUUCUGGUUCUGGUUCUGGUGUUUUUGUCAACAUGCCUGGGACGGUGAUGAUGAUGGUUUCGCUCUCGCUCCUCUUGGUCUGCCCGCUAUUUAUGGCCAUCGACGCGUUUGGCGACGACGAGGAGGAGAUGACCUGCGACCCGAUCCGGAUCAGCAUGUGCCAGGGUCUGGGCUACAACGUCACCAAGAUGCCCAACCUGGUGGGCAACGUGCUGCAGUCGGACGCCGAGCUGCAGCUGACCACGUUCACGCCGCUCAUACAAUACGGCUGCUCCAGUCAGCUCAAGUUCUUCCUUUGCUCAGUUUAUGUGCCCAUGUGCACGGAUAAGGUCCCCAUCCCCAUUGGGCCAUGUAAGAGCAUGUGUUUGUCCGUCAAGAAAAAGUGCCUCCCUGUUCUCCACGAGUUUGGCUUCAUAUGGCCUGAGGUGCUCAACUGCAGCCUUUUCCCACCUCUAAACGACCACAACCACAUGUGCAUGGAGGGCCCAGGCGAUGAGGACCCCCCAUACCAGCCGGUCCGCCACCCUCCCCACCAGGAGGAGUGUCAGGCACUGGGAUCUGCACCUGAACAGUAUACUUGGCUCAAACAGACUGAAAGCUGUACCCUCCAGUGCGGAUACGACAGCGGCCUCUACCGACGGGGGGCCAAAGUCUUCACGGACGCCUGGAUGGCAGUGUGGGCCGUGCUGUGCUUCUUGUCGACCACUCUGACGGUCCUAACCUUUCUCCUGGACUCACAGCGUUUCUCCUACCCGGAGAGGCCGAUCAUCUUUCUUUCAAUGUGCUGCAAUCUGUACAGUGUGGCUUACCUGGUACGGCUGACUCUUGGAAGAGAACGAGUUUCCUGUGACUUGGAUGCCACUGCCGUUCCGAUUCUGGUCCAGGAAGGAUUAAAAAGCACUGGCUGUGCCAUAGUCUUUCUCCUCCUCUAUUUCUUUGGCAUGGCCUCCUCACUCUGGUGGGUGAUCCUAACCCUCACCUGGUUUUUGGCUGCUGGACUGAAAUGGGGCCACGAGGCAAUUGAAAUGCAUAGUUCAUACUUCCACAUUGCGGCCUGGGCCAUCCCAGCUGUUAAAACCAUUGUUAUCCUAAUAAUGAGGCUGGUGGAUGCUGAUGAUCUCACAGGGCUGUGCUACGUUGGUAACCUGCAGCAAGAGGCCCUCACAGGCUUUGUGGUUGCACCAUUAGCGACAUACCUUCUCAUAGGCACGCUGUUCAUCUGCGCAGGCCUGGUUGCUCUUUUCAAGAUCCGCUCUAAUCUGCAGAAGGACGGAGCCAAAACAGACAAACUGGAGCGUCUAAUGGUGAAGAUCGGGGUGUUCUCCAUUCUUUACACAGUUCCAGCAUCCACAGUCAUCGGGUGUUACCUCUACCAGCUCUCUAACUGGGAUGAGUUCAAGACCAGCCCCUGGGACUCAUACGUGGCAUCAGAGAUGCUGCGGAUCUUCAUGUCGCUGCUCGUGGGCAUUACAUCGGGAAUGUGGAUUUGGUCGGCGAAGACCCUCCACACCUGGCAGCGCUGCUCCACCCGGCUGCUAAAGGACAGCCGGGCGAGCCGAGGCAGCAAAAGGGUGCCGGGUGAGAGCUGGAUCAAACCGGGAAAGGGCAACGAGACAGUUGUGUGAGAGAUAGAGAGAAAAUGGACAGGAAAUAAGUUCUGCAUUGUUUUUUCUCAUAGAGAAACUCGCUUUGCCAAAUGAAGGAUGAAGAGAGUCCACAGGCUGGUUAGAAAUGGGACAGAGGAUCAUAGCCAGACCUUCUCAGAGAAGCCACUGGAUAAAAUGCCAUCGCAUGAACUCCCUGCCUCUAAUAGGAGUUAUGAAGGAGAAAAUAGGAAGACUGAGUCAUACAUUUUGUUUUAAGAGUAGCCUCUCUACCUCUCAUUAGAUCUCUGUUGCUUAGAGAGGUGGAAAAAACAAAAAAAUAAAACAAACAAGCAAGAAAAAGAGACACUUAUUAGGCAGAAAUGAUGCACAUAUAAGCACUGAUUCUACCUCUCUGUCUCUCUUUUUCUCAAGUUCUCAGCAGAAGAGACUUUCUCUGCUGAAUCCAGUAAAGCUGUGUGCCAUUGUGACUUUUAAAGGGUUUUAAAAUCAUACAUUUUGACACUGGAGCAAAAAUUAUACAGAUAUUUGGUUUCCCAGGAGCAUCUGAUAACAGCUGAAAAAUGUAUCUGCAGUUAAAUUAAAUAUUAAAUUACCACACAAACUGUAAUAAUAAAACAAAAUACGGCCUCAAAUCUACAAUUUGUUCAUAGAUAAACAUUCUGUCAGGUAAUAAUUUUGAAUCGUUUACUAUUACAGAUGGAUUUGAUCGUUUUGCAUUUGUGGGAAAGAGGCUCUAUGCUGUAAUAAUGCACUAGAAAUGUACACUAUGUGAAAUGAGAGCAUAAAAAUAGAAGAUCUGAUAGAAAACCACUGAAAUUCUCAGUUUUGUCAACAGAGCCUUUAAAAUUAAUAGUUCAGAUUUUUUAAAGUUAGUCGAGGUUCUACCAAAAGGUUAUAAGCAGUUUAUAUCUUACCUGCAGUAGAUACUUCUCUUUGCAUCUUUAUUUUGUAUAAAUCCAGAUUAGUUUCUCCAGGAGGCUGAAACUGACAGGUAGCCUGGGAGGGAUCAAGACCAAAGUCUGAAUCUAACUUAAAACAAACUUAAAACAUCUCGAAAGCAUCACAGUGGUUUAUGUGAAUGCAUGUUAUGAACCUUUAAACCAUCUUCACCUUAUGCUGGGAGAAUUUCUAUUCUCAGUAUGUCUGACACAGACCAUUGGUCCAAACUUUAUUAAGUCUAUAUGGAGUAAAUAUUCAUAGAUAUUUGAUUAAAUAUCCCCCCAAUGCGAAUGUGAUGAUGGUUUGAUGGUUUAUAAAUUAGCAUUUGGAUAACCUGCAAUCUUUGAGACUGGAGCACGCUUUGGGUCGACAGAUUAGCUGUGAGCAUCUUCCUGGGCAAACCAAUCUGAAUUUAUGCUAAAUAAAGACACCAAUCUCUUCAGGUAAGAUAAUAACUACUUACAAACGUUUAACAGAACCCCACUUUAAAACCCUGAACUUUGUUUUUAACCUGGAGGGUUGUUGGAAAUGUAUAGCAAAUGCUGCAAAAAGAUCCUGAAAUUCCCACAAAAACAGCUAAAUCAGCUCAAUAUGUAACUUUCUGUAUCUAUUUUGGCUUUUUUGUCAUGCCUAAAUUGCAGAGAAAUAAGUCUUUGUUUGUCACUUCGGUAGUCUGUGAGAGUCAGCUAGCUUCCAGUGAUGUGUUUAGUCUUUCUGCAAACCCUGUUCUCUACAUGCUCCUGGGUCACCAUUCAAUUCAGGAAAUUUAAUUAUUAACCCUGCCCCGUUUUAAACAUUGUAUCCCAGGCAGGCUUUAGAACGAGAGGUUAUGGAUCAAUCAGUUGCCAAUAUACACAUUAGACAACAGCAAGAAACUGUCAAAGAGUAUGUUUUUGUGCAUUAACUAACAGAGUUGUACUUUAUACAUAAGUUGUGACUAGAGAAGAGCAAAGCGUGCUCAUCAGAUGUUAAAGCCUUUUGCAGAACUUAAAGACCUAAGGACUAUGGUGCUGAAAUAUCGUUGGCGCUGCUGUUCCCCACGGAUACAUCAAUCAACCCUCUUCUUCAGUAACAAUAAGCUUUUUUUUCCUCAACUUGUUAUCUGUUGUCUAUUUAUAUUGCCUUUGCUGAGGUAGCACACUGCAACUGGUUCUAUGAGCAAAAAUAUCCCCCUGAUGCCGUUAUUGGUCUUAUUGACCUCACUUGAUACAGGACUCACUUCUUCAGACAAUCAGAGUUCCUCCCUGGAAUACAGUUUUGUAUAUUUGAGAUUUUCAGACAUUUCCCAAAAUUUCCACCAUUUUUUAUCUUCCCUGCAGAUUGUGUUUGAAACCUAUCCUGUCCUUCAAGUGCUACAUUCUGAAUCAUCCCCUCUUUACCUGCCUGGCAGCCUAUCUUGCAAUGCUGUAUACAUUUCUUCUUAUUCCCUCUUGAGUAUUUCAGUCUCAUGUCAAGCACAAGACGUCAUGAAAAGUUCUCGAUAACCAGAUAGUGCCUCGCCCAGCCCGUCCAAUAGGAAGAAGGGAUUUCCAGGCUGUAUUUUCCCCCAAAGCUGCUUUCAGGAACCAUCGUUGUGGUGAAACUGACACCGUUUACACAAACCAGCUUCAUCAGACCAGCAUACCUCGGUACACUUAUUAGAUUUCCAAAGUCAAACAAACAUUACAUUCACUUAAAAGUGAAUUAAAUUAACCUGUGACCACCUCCCCUCUGAGCUAAUGUAAUUUCCCUCUUAAACCGUCUAACCACCCCCCCUCCUCCUCAUUCUUAUGACCACUCUGAGCUUUAGGUGACAUUUCCAAACAGUCACUGAAUGUGCCUUAAACCCCCCUCCAGUGACUGUGUGUGCAGGAGUUAAACCACUGGCAGUGCGGAUUUGUAAAUUAUUUUAGAAACCCACUCAUGAAUCACCACCGAGCUCGGUUAGCCAGCUCAGACAAUGGCCUUUAAGGUUUAAACUGCUCCCUGUUGUGGUGAACACCCGUGUUCUUGGCAAUGUCAUCAAUGUAUUAUAAAAUGCUAAUUUAUCCUUGUAAAAAAAUGUGACAAAUUUUUAAAACUUGUUUAUUUAAGAAAAACUUUUGUAUCAGAAGAAGAUGAAUAAAAAGUUUUUUGGUUUCUAA